CCAGAGACUGCUGCUGCUUUGAAACGUACCCUAGAAUCCUUGAUGGACCGAGGAGCCAUAGUGAGGAACCUGGAAAGCCUUGGCGAGCGCGCACUGCCUUACAGGAUGUCCAGCCACGGCCAGCAGCACCACAGAGGCGGGUAUUUCUUGGUGGAUUUUUAUGCCCCCACAAGUUCUGUGGACAGCAUAUUGGAUCACUUGACUCGAGACGUUGAUGUGGUUAGACCAAACGUCGUGAAACACCCUCUGACCCAGGAAGUAAAAGAGUGUGGUGGCAUCGUCCCGGUCCCCCUGGAAGAAAAGCUGUAUUCAACAAAGAGGAGAAAGAAGUAAGAAGAUCUCCCAGAGCGCGGCCUCAUGUCUAAUGCUCUAGCACCGAGGCUUCGAUACAUUGUUGUAGGAUGCUUUAGCCAUGAUUCUUCUGCUGGGGGGGGGGGGGGGGGCAGGAGCUGCUCUCUGAGACCUGCCCUGUCGUCUCCGGUGCCUGCAGACCAACCUGGGUUCAUUAGCACUGUGUGGCUGUCAGUGAGGGUUCUUACCUUACCGCUGCAGCAUUUGGGAGAGCAAAUUGUCUUCCACACUUGGUUGUCUUGCAGAACUAUGUGGGAAACAGAGAGCAGAGUAAUAAACGUGACUUUACUCAUCUGA